GACGCCCAUUGGUAUUCAGGUGCUCUGGGUUAGUAAGUUGGAUGUUUUCUACUGUGACUCGCGGAAGCGAUUAGAGGUGUGCACUGCUUGAAAGUUUUUCCUGCCUUCUCUGCUUCAAGUGAUGUGUUAUAAUUUCUGAGGAGAUCUGGAACGACAUGGUUUAACUGUCUUUAUCUGUUUUCGAUCCUGUGGAAACCAGUGCAGGGUGCCGUCCGGGCCUCCGUGCCCCCUUCCCGGGGGACCGACGGUGGGUCGGAGCGGCAGCCCCCCCUUCCCCGUUAGUGAAUCAUAAUGGGAAAAGAGCAGGAGCUUUUAGAGGCGGCCAGGACCGGCAAUCUCCCUGCCGUAGAAAAGCUGUUGUCAUCCAAACGAUUAUCUUCAGGAUUUGGAGGUACGGCCGGUGGGCACGGAGGAGGAGGAGUUGGUUUGGGGAGCAGCAGUUUCAGUUCGGCCUCUCACUCACUCUCCAGCUUGUUAAGCAUCUGGAGGGGGCCAAAUGUGAAUUGUGUUGAUAGUACUGGAUACACACCCUUGCAUCAUGCUGCUUUAAAUGGCCAUAGAGAUGUGGUUGAGACGCUGCUAAGGAACGAUGCAUUGACAAAUGUAGCAGACAGUAAGGGCUGUUACCCACUACAUCUAGCUGCCUGGAAAGGAGAUGCAGAGAUUGUAAAACUUCUUAUUCAUCAAGGGCCCUCACUAGCAAAAGUCAAUGAACAGAAUGCUCUUGAGAUCAAAGAACUCAAAAAGUUUGGCCCCUUUGAUCCUUAUAUGAAUGCGAAGAACAACGACAAUGAGACUGCUUUGCACUGUGCUGCUCAGUAUGGCCACACGGACGUAGUAAAGGUUCUUCUGGACGAGUUGACAGAUCCGACCAUGAGAAACAAUAAAUUUGAAACCCCCCUGGACCUGGCGGCUCUCUAUGGAAGGCUAGAGGUGGUGAAAUUAUUACUGAAUGCACAUCCCAACCUGCUAAGCUGCAACACAAAGAAACACACACCUUUGCACUUGGCAGCAAGGAAUGGUCACCGUGCUGUUGUACAGGUCCUGCUGGAUGCAGGAAUGGACAUCAAUUAUCAGGCAGAGAAGGGAAGUGCACUUCAUGAGGCUGCAUUGUUUGGCAAGAUGGACGUUGUGGAAGUACUGCUAGCAGCAGGGAUCGAUGUUGGUGUUAAGGAUAACAAGGGACACACUGCACUGGAUAUUGUGAAAGAUUUACCCUCUCAAAAGAGUCAGCAGAUAGCAGCCAUUAUUCAAGGGUAUACUGUGGAAAAACUGGAUAAAAAAGAAACUGAGAGGCUGCCACCUCCUCCACCCCCACCAGUACAAAUAAGUGUGGAAGCUGUCCUUCCGAAACCAAAAGGGUAUACUGUGGAAAAACUGGAUAAAAAAGAAACUGAGAGGCUGCCACCUCCUCCACCCCCACCAGCACAAAUAAGUGUGGAAACUGUCCUUCCGAAACCAAAAGAAAUGAUAGAGAGGGAAACUACAGAACACAGCAUAAAGUUUGAAAAUGAUCCAGAUGACGAGUGUCCAUAUGAAGCCUUGUACAAUGCAACUUCCUGCCAGUCGCUGGAAAGCUUGGUCAGUGCAAUAUCUUCUGACAGGGAUUCUGGCAAGAUGGAUAUUGAUCUAGGUGGGGCCAAGAGAGAACAGCAGCCACCACCUUCAAAGCCACCUCCUGAUGAAGGGACUGUUCAAGAACAGACUUAUGCAGUACCACAAAAGGUAAAGAGUGCUAUGCAGAGUCAUGAGAGCAUGGAUGAUGAGAAUCCUUAUGAGCUUCUGCUUACUGCUGAAACCAAGAAACCCGUCUCAGUAGAAGUCAUUACACAAACAGCUGAAGUUACUUCUGCAGUUCCAAGACCUGCUAGUAAUUGCCUGCCUCAGCAUAAAACAUCACCCUGCGUAGAUGCUCGUCGAUCAGUGAGAAGUCAAGAUUUGUCUGAGGUGCCUUCUGAGAUAUGUGUGCACCAGCCAAUGCAGUUGUUGCAUCCUUACCAGCAUGCUUAUAAGCCAGAUAAAGAUGUUGCAGGAAGAAGAGAUCAGAGUCUGCAUUUAACAGGUGGCAAAGACAUCAGUGUGCCUUCACAGUUUUCAGGACUACUACAUGGUUCUUCCCCAGUUUGUGAGAUCAAAGAAGAUCCUUUCCUACUUUCGACUGAAGCAAGUUCAUCAGAAGUAGAGAUGAAACCUGGUCAGAAGCAAGCGACUUCCAGCACACAGCCUCAGAACUCUGGCACUCGAAUCCCAGAAUCAACUUUUGGCUAUGCUGAACUGAAACCGAAGGUUAUUUAUAAAACCAGCCUUCACCCAGAUGUCAUUCAGGCAGGCACAGCAACAGAAAGCCGGUGCUUAAAUACUGGGACAGACAGCAGCUUAUUACGAGCAGAUAACACCAGCAAGCCUAAUCUUGAACUCAGGUUAGCACGUAGCUUGUCUAAAUCGGACACGGACCUCCUUAUGUGUUCCCCAAAUGAGGAGGAUGGCAUGGGAAGUCGUAGUGAGUCUAUGUCAGAGUGCAUUGCUGGAAAGAAACGGAUGGAAAAAUCUCCUUCUUUUGCUUCAGAAUGGGAUGAGAUUGAGAAAAUUAUGAGCUCCAUUGGUGCAGGAAUUGGAACCUCACAAGAAGACCAGCUACCAUCAGGUUCUCGGUUGCUGGAACAGAGUAUAGGAGAAUGGCUGGAGUCAAUUGGCCUGCAGCGUUAUGAAAGCAAGCUCCUCCUUAAUGGGUUUGAUGACGUGAGGUUUUUGGGUAGCAAUGUUAUGGAAGAGUCAGACCUGCAAGAGAUUGGAGUUACAGAUCAUCACCAUCGCAGAAAAAUUCUUCAGGCAGCCCGUUCCAUCCCUAAGGUUAAACCCUUGGGAUAUGAUGGAAACAGUCAUCCUUCUAUUCCCUGCUGGUUGGAAUCCUUAGGUCUGCAGGACUACAUUCAGUCCUUCCUCUCAAAUCGCUAUAACACCAUAGAUGCUGUAAAGAACCUGUGGGACCUGGAGAUAGUUAAUGUCUUGAAGGUGAACCUUCUGGGUCACAGGAAAAGAAUUAUCGCAUCAUUAGCUGAAAGACCUUAUGAGGAGCCACCACAGAAACCACCUAGAUUUUCACAGCUCCGGUGUCAAGAUCUUGUAUCACAGACAUCUUCACCAGCAAGUCAAGAUUCAUACACAGGAAGAUCUGCUGACCUCUUGAUUCUUUCAAAAAAUUCUGGGAGAAAACGUAAUGAAGUGAAUCGGGACCGUGCUUCCCAACCAAGAGCUGACAAGCACAAAGGACAGGGAGAGUCUCGUGAGCCGAAGAUAACCCUCCGACCACCAAGCCUUGCUGCACCAUAUGCACCUGUUCAGAACUGGCAGCACCAGCCUGAAAAGCUCAUUUUUGAGUCUUGCGCGUAUGAGGCCAAUUACCUAGGAUCUAUGCUUAUUAAGGACCUCAGAGGAACGGAAUCUACGCAAGAUGCCUGUGCGAAGAUGAAGAAAACCUCAGAGCAGCUGAAGAAAGUGCCAACUAUUAUUUUGUCCAUUACCUACAAGGGUGUGAAGUUUAUAGAUGCAACCAGUAAGAAUAUUAUUGCAGAACAUGAGAUUCGAAACAUAUCCUGUGCUGCCCAGGACCCAGAGGAUCUCUGCACAUUUGCAUAUAUUACAAAAGACCUGCAGACCAGCCAUCACUACUGCCAUGUGUUCAGCACAGUCGAUGUAAAUUUAACAUAUGAAAUAAUUUUAACACUGGGACAAGCAUUUGAAGUGGCCUACCAGCUGGCAUUGCAGGCACAAAGGUCCAAGGCUUCAUCUGUUCAUACAGGAGAGACUGGAGCUACCAAGUCUUCCAAGCCAGUGCCAAAACCAAGGAGCAGCAUGAGAAAAUCAGCAGUCUCGCUUCCUCCUGUUAAUCGAUGUUGUUACUGUCAGUCCUGUACAGCUCACCGUCCUUCCUAUCUACCACUUCACUCUGUCACUCAAGGAGUCAAGGUCUCUGUCUUGUUACCUGUGUACUGUUUGUUGAUGUCUUGUCUGUCACAAAGUACAAAUUAG